AUGAUUAGUGUACGUCUCGUUUCAUUUGUAUGUUUGCAUUUUGCGACUUUUACUCUAUUAAAUUGUCUUUCGGUCAAAGAUCAAAUGUAUGCUAACAUCAUAGCGGAUAACCCAUGUUUUCUUAGACUAAAUGGAACAAACCAAUUUGGGUGUACUUCUUCAAGAUUUGGAAAUGUUGGAACUUUACAUUUGGUGACAAAUUCAACUGAUUUAAAUUGGUUAUUUAAUGAAGGAAAGGCUGAUCCUUACACUGUAGCAAUAACGCCAAAAAUGUUUAAUAGAGAGGUUUUACAAAGCAUUGAAUUGAGUGCUAAAGUAAAUGGUAUAAUGUUACUAAUGAAUGGUACUGAACAAGAAGUAAUAAAUAAUGAUAAUUUACAAUAUACUGGAUUUAGCCCAGAAGAUACAUGUCCUAACCGUUAUUCAGAUGUUAGUAGUUGUCCAAUGAAACCAUGGAAUCCUUAUGGUACUGAUAUUCUUUUAAAAAGUUGGAGUUUCCCAAUAUUUGUUGUUAACGAUCAAAACACUAUCAAAGAUAUUAUAGAUUGCUUCAAAAAUCAUAAUUUACCUUUAAAUAAUCAAAAUGAUCAAUCUUUAUGUGCUCUUGAAUUGAAAUCUCAUAUGUAUGCUGCUGUAGAUUCCAAAACGUGUUUGAGGCGAACAAUGAUGUCAUACCAAAAUAUAAGACCAAUUAAAUUUUGUGAUCCGCUGGGUGAUAAGAAUGUGUAUUGGUCUCUAAAAGAACUACAUCCAAAUACACCAGAUCAAUCUGUUGCUAUUGUUGCUGCACGGUUGGAUGCUACAUCUAUGUUUCAAGACUUAGCUCCUGGUGCUAUGUCAACAGCUACAUCAAUUGUGACGUUAAUGACUACUGCUAAUUUAAUUUCAGAAAUGCUAUCUUACAAUGAUGCCAACAACUUCUCUCGGAAUAUUAUGUUUAUUUUAUUUAAUGGAGAAGCUUAUGAUUAUAUUGGAUCAAGUCGAGUGGUCUAUGAUAUGUUAAAUGGAAAUUUCCCAAAUGAUUUAAUUAAACUCAAUCAGAGUCAUAUUGGCUUGUUUGUAGAAUUAUCACAAAUACAUUAUGAUAAAGAAGUGGUUUUUUAUCGUCCAAUCAAAAAUAAUGCUAGUGAAAAUGUUAUAAAUUUCAUGAAUAUAUUUAAUAAGAGUCUUUCUGAUGAUGGUUUUUCUGUUACUGAAUCAAAAAGCACAUCUUUACCACCAUCAUCACUACAUUCUUUUUUGAAAAUUGAUCCCAAAUUUCCGGGUAUAAUAUUAACAGGAUUUAGAGACCAAUUUAAAAAUAAGUUUUAUCAUAGCAUUUUGGAUGAUGCUGAGAAUAUACAAUAUGGUAAUAAUUCUACAAUUCCACAAACCAUAGCUCAUAUAUCAACUUCUCUUAGUAACUCCCUUUAUACAUUUAUUACUAACUCCACCUACACUGGUUUGAAACAAGCAAAUUCUAGCUAUGUUACCAAAUUAUUAGAUUGUUAUGUUAAGUCUAUGAAUUGUGAAGUAUUUCAAUCAUUGACUUCACCACUGCAUUUACCUGACAAUCCCCCUAAUUAUUAUAUCAGUAUAGAUUUGAUCACAAAUACCAUCACCAGUCUUUCACGCCUAUUAUUUGCUUCUUUUGGAAGUAAAAUAAUUAAUGAAGUUCAAAAUGAAGAAAAUUGUCUAAACUAUAGAACAAAACAGGGUUUUAUGCCUAUAUGGUUAAGAGGAAAUUAUAACGCGUGUUAUUCAACAACAUCUAAUGUUACUGAUGCAGUUAGCCCAGCUUUUAUUAUACCUGAGUAUAAUUUAUCAUCUCCAAAAUAUUCAACAUGGACUGAAUCUGUAUGGCAUGAAGUGCAUAUUCGUAUGUUUCUUAGACAAUCGUUUAAACUACAAAUUAUAAUAUUUGUACUUGGAAUUUUAAUAUUUCUAUUUUCUUUCAUCAUAAUAAAAAAAAUGUAUGAUCAAUCUGGAAUUCAUUUUAAUAACCAAGAAGUCCAUUCAGUAACAAAUUUUUGA